CCUGGACGAGCGCUUUAAGGAGGACGUCGCCCGCCGCCACUGCUCAGAUCACUCCGCCAGUACUGGCCCUCUGUCUGAACCAUCAUCAUGGCCCUGUGUAUCUCUGCGUCCGGCCCUGCCUUCAGCCGCACCCCUGUGCACGUCGAUGACCACUCAAAAGGCAUCGUGCUGCGGCCGCUAGCCUAUGCGUCGGCAAAUCCGCUCACGGCCGGCCUCCCCCUGUGUGUCACGCCCUUCACCGACGCACAGCUUGACCCCACCACAGGCGCCGCAUCCGUGAUUGUGUCGGAUCUGCACUGCAGCAAGGGCGACAGGGAGGUGGGGUGGGUGGAGGUGACUGCGGAGGAUGGAGGGGACGGCGGGAUGUGCCUGCUGGAGCGGCUGGCGGGGAAGGUCGGCGAGGUGGCCUGGUCGCUUUUGCCCAAGGGGGAGGGUGACGGUGACGGUGGGAUGGCUUGGGUGGUGCCUCAUGUCGACAGUGACCAGGUGAGUCAGGUGGACAUGGAAGGCAAAAAGAGGAAUUGGCUCCCGGCGUCGUGUUGUGUGUGUGCAGGUUGUGUUGAGUGGCUACCUGUUCCACCGGCCUGCACACCCACUGGCGCACCUAAAGCGAUGGUACACAACGCAAAUACAACGCACCGUCCGCCCCAGCCCACCGUCCUUCGCUCUGUCUGCCUGCCUGUGUGUGAGCGUGUGUGUUUGUGUGUGUCAGGGAGGGCGGGUGUGAGGUGUGGUGGGCUGAGGUGCAAGGCGGCCGCAGCCGAUCCUCAGUGCCCAUGCGGCUGAGCCUGUGUCUGUACGAGGGGCCGGGCAAGGAACGGCUCGUCAAGAAGGUGCCACUCACACGGAAAUCCACCGUCGCGCGACAGCAGGGCGAGGGCAAUGGCAAGAGUCACACCGAUGGUACGGUACGGAUGGAAGACAGACCACCUCACCUCACCUGCCCACUGGCCUGGUGUGGUGUGGUGUGGUGGAUGGGUGAAUUGCUUCAGCGGGUAGCGGUUUGUGUCUUGGGUUGGGCCGUCGGUUUGCUGUGGAUGGGCACCAGUUUGCGUGUGUGACAGCCGAGGAGGCCUCCCUGUGGCUCGCCGCCAUUCAGAUGGUCAUCGACAAGGGAUGUGCCUGUGCUAGUGAGUGAGUGAGUGAGAGAGCGAGGGAGUCAGGGAGACAGGGAGGGCAACCAGACCAGAGCAGAGCGGUCCGGUGGUCACUGAUUGUUUCGUUCGUUCUUCGAUGUGGUGCGUGUGUGUGUGUGUGCGUUGUGUGUUGGCCUCAUUCCUUCCCUGCUUCUUCAGGUGGUGUGUCGCUGCAAGAGGCCUUCGGAGACGUCCUCGCCCCCAUGGCAAAGGAGGCAGAGACCCAGCUGCAAACACUCAUGCACAGAUACGGUGAGCGACCGAACCGUAGCCAAGCCCCCCACCCCCCCCACCCCCCACACACACACCAAUCGCCUCCUCUGUGUGUGUGUGUGUGUGUGUGUGUCUCCGUAGGCCUGUCCCGCCCGUUGCUGGCUCAGGUGUCACCUAUUGAGCACCAGGAUGCACCUCACCAGCACGGCAGCGUGCCCAUGGUCAUCCCCCCCGAGCUGCAGGACAAGUGCUUCGCCAAGCACCUGGCCUCACGACCCACACUCGACGAUGACCAGGACGAUAUCCAGCAAGCACCACUAGGGCCGUCCUGUGGCCCCUCCUCCCCCUCUCUGCGGCUCAGCAACACCCUCACCUGCCUAUACGACUGCCUCAAUGGAGCACGCAUACACACGCCCGCCGCCCCCACCCUCGCCCCCACCCCAUCUCUCUCCCUGUGUGUGUCGCCAUCCACCCUAAGCGAAGAUUCCAUUCUCGACAUGACCACCAGCUCUUUGGCAUCGUCGAGGAUGGUGUCUUCGGUGGCUCGCUCCCUCACCUUCUCCCUCACCAGCAGCACAAACUCCUCGCUGUCUCUGUCUCUGAUCAGUGAAUGUGAGGGCGAGAGGGGCAGUGGCAGGGGCAGUGGUGUGCCUGCGUGUCCCCCUAACACGGUGCGUUUGAGUGGUGACGUGAGCGAUGGUGUGCUGUCUUGGGGGUCGAGUGGUGAGUGGGGCGGGUCGUUUGAGAGUGCCGUGUCCACCGUGGCCACAGAGGCUAGUGAUGAGACGGUCGCAUCCAAAUAGAUGGGACGGGGUGAGUGACGGGGGGGGGUGAGGGGUUUUAGUUUGGUCAAGUAAAUAAAGUAGUGUGGUGGUCGGCUUGUUGUCUUGGAUAGGUCGGUUCGGUCGUUGUUUCCUUCUCCUUAUCAUCUGUGAGUGAGAGCACAUAGGUAGGUAGGUUCGUUUCGUUUGGUGUGUCUUGUCUUGUGUCAUUCCCGGAUGCAUAAGGGUGUGAGUCUGUGUGAUAGAUGCAUUGAUUUGUUCAAAUGUCAUUCAUGUGGGUCUGUCUGUCUGUCGGGAUCGUCUGAUCUGAGAGACUCCUCUGUAGCUGUAGGUGGACAAACAACAUUGGAUUGAUUAAACGGGUAGGUAGGGAGGGAGGGGAUCGAAGAGUCAAUCGGAAAUCGUGUGUUGGAG